CUCAUCUAACUAUGGUUAUAUCAUUCCAUAUAUACAGCUAACUAUGAUUAUAUCAUUCCAUAUAUACAGCUAAUAAACAAUUUGAGCAAGUGGUUUACACUUACGCACACACAUCUAAACAUUUUUUAUAACAACCUGGUCUCGGUUGGUUAUCAAUAAAAAAUAUCUAGUACUAAAACACCAACAGCAUAAAACCUGAAACUGAAAGCCGCAAAAACACACCAUUUGCCUAUAAAAACAUGGGAACAUGGCUUUCCGGUUCAUGCACCAAGAAGAACAUUGAGAAACACUCUUCACCACCAAAAGUGAUGUCUGUGCUUCCAAGAAGUGUCACUGAUGACGUUAACUUUGAUGGUGAAAGUUUUCACAAUUUCUCUGAGUGUUGGAUGGUUGAGCAAAACAAAUAUCUGGAUGAACUUGUAGCAGCGAAUUCAGCUCAACCUCAGCUCACAGAUGAUACAAUGCAUACCCUGAUUGAUAAGGUUGUUGAGCAUCAUGAGUAUUUCUACAGAGAAAAAGCUAGGUGGGCGAAGGAAGAUGUUUUGUCCAUGUUUUCACCAUCAUGGUUAAGCUCUUUAGAAAGAGCUUUUCUUUGGAUUGGUGGUUGGAGACCAAGCAUGGCAUUUCAUUUACUGUAUUCAAAAUGCAGUAUGCAAUUUCAAGCUAGGUUGAAUGACCUUAUUCAAGGACAAAAAACAUGUGACCUGGGAGAUCUCUCGGCGUCUCAGCUCGUCAAGUUUGAUGAUUUGCAAAGGAGGACUAUUAGAGAGGAGAGGGAAAUCACUGAUAUGAUGGCCGAGCAUCAGGAAACGAUUGCCGAUGCCUCCAUGGUCGAGUUGUCUCAUGUGGUUUCUGAGAUGAUUGGAAGUGGAGAAAAUGAGAAGGAGGAGUUGGAAGAGAGAAUUGAAUCAGUUCUUGAAGCUAAGCUGGAAGGUUUGGAGAAGAUUCUUCAUAGAGCUGAUGAUUUAAGGCUAAGAGCCUUGCAAGGGAUUGUUAAUAUUCUAACUCCAAAGCAAGCUAUUUACUUCUUGAUUGCUGCUGCAGAGCUGCACCUGAGGCUACAUGAGUGGGGUAAGAAGAAGGAUGAUGCCAAAAAGAGCAAACAAGGUAUUAAGGAGGGUGAAAGCCAUAAUUCAUGACAGUGGCCAUUAAUUGGAUUGGAUCAAUCAAAGGGAGUUGGGUGAGGGAACCUUAUCUUGCACUACCUUGGAUUUUAUCUUUAUUAAAACUAAGAUGAUGAAAAAUAAGGACAGAAAUGUUCACUAAGGCAGUUUAUCUAUAACUAUAUGUUAAGGGGAAACAAUAUUUUGGUUUGACGUUUUUCUUCAAUGAUAUUUAUAGACAAAUGAUAUUUGAUUAUUCA